CUAGGAAUUGCAAGCCUGCUCGACUACUUGGAGCACUCCCCGAUGGGAUCGCUUCUCAUUACAGACUUUAAGUUGGACCAAAUGUUGUUGGUGGAUGGUGUGCUGAAACUUGGUGAUUUAGACGAUAUCAAUAAUAUUGAAAGCGACUGCCAAGACACAAACUGUGGAAUCCUACAACAAAACUGUAAAAAGAAGAUAUGUGCUAUUGAGAACACAGAAUUAGAUAUUCAAUGUGUCAACAACAAGUGUAUUGGGUUCAACGCAAAGUUCAAUUUAUUUAAAUUCAACCACCAUGUGUUCACUCGUGUUCUACAUAACCCACCUGCCAAUGUGUCUUUUGAAGUAAAAAAUAUUCAAGAUAGACUGAAUGCGUUGAAUAUCACUGCCACUGAACUAUACACUAGUCUGUUGGCUAUUCAGUACACAUGACAACAAUAACCAAAGUUAAUAACCAAAGUUAAUACCUAAUGUGAUACAAGAGAUCAUACUUAAUUUGCCUCAAGUGUAGUACAGGAAUGUCAUUCCUACAUGAUGUCAAUACAAUACAAAUCAAGAGCUUCUGUGGCACCAACAGUAUGAGAAGUACCCUAGUUGUUCGAAGAUAUCCACCACACAUUUCAUAUAUGUGUAUAUAUUCAUAUAUAUUUUUUUAUAUAUGCAGUUAUUCUUCUUAAAGUAAAUAGUGAAUAAGUUUACACUUCCUAUAUAUGAAUAUAUAUUUAUAGAUCUAUAGGAGUCUAAAAAUUGUAUACAACAAUGAGGAGAUAUAUCACAGUAUACACAAGUUGUGCUUGAACUAGUUAUGUCAUGUUGCAUUACGACUUACAGCAAUAAUACCUGUUUAAAUUUAUUCAAGAAUAUUGCAAUAAACCUUAUUUAAAGACCACAUAA